AUGAGCUCAACACUAAUUCCACUACCUGCAAAUCACGAGGACUGGAUCCAAACUCUAUGGCUCGCCCAAGUUGUCGGCAAAUUUACUUUAAAUGAGCGAGAUUACAAAACCUAUUGGCCCCUCGUUGAUGGUUUUUGGUCACAUAGAAAAACUGAGAAUCACCUUCACGGAAAGUUCAAAACUCAUUACUAUGCAUGCCAGUUAGGACCAAAACGCGUAUCGUCUAAAGCAGAACCAUAUCCUACAGAGACUAAAAGUGGGAAAAAACACGUUACUUCUUGCAGUCUGCCUGGUACCUGUCCAGUAAAGAUCAAAAUCAUUGAGCCAAUUCAAUUUGGGACAGAUGAUCAAAAACUAUGGACAAUAUCUCAAGUAUUGGGCUGUAACGAUACUGGUUUUAAGUUCCAUGACCACGAUAUCAACGCUUCAUGGAAAGCGAAAAGAAGCUCGUUCUUGACCAACAUUAUCAAGGACGAAUUAGCAAAAGGUUAUACCCCUAGUCAGGUAAAAGAUAGACUACGUGGUGUGGGACGUGUCGCAGGAUAUGAACGUUUGGAAUCUAUUGGUGGUGCAUUUAUGAAAAGGUAA